GCUGCGGCCGAGCGAGCGGUGCGGGUCGGUGGAUGCGGCGCCCGGCGGCGGGCUGACAAAGGGUUGGGCGGCGGCCUCGGCAGGCGUGUGGCGCGGCGUGGUAAGGAGCGGGUUCGAUGGCAGGCCCACAGGAGGGAAAAUCCUCUGAAGCACGGAAACAUAAAGGCAUCUCAAAUGGAGCUGGAGCUUCUCAAGGUCAAUGGGGGAGAGCAUGGGAAGUCGACUAUUUUUCCUUGGCAGCAGUCAUUUUCCUGCUCUUGUUUGCACCACUCAUAGUCUAUUAUUUUAUAAUGUCAUGUGAUCAGCAUGAUUGCUCCCUGACUGAGCCAGUCAUUGAUUUGUUUGGGGGAAAUACCCAUCUCUCUGACAUCUGGGACAAGACUCCUUCACUGAGCUGGAAUGCUGCUAACAUCUGUAUACUCUGGGUCACUUUCCAGGUGAUUUUAUAUACCUUGAUACCUGAUUUCUGCCAUAAGUUUCUGCCUGGAUAUGUAGGAGGAAUACAAGAAGGUGCUAUAACUCCUGCUGGUAUAGUGAAUAAAUAUGAAAUCAAUGGGCUUCAAGCUUGGAUCAUUACCCACACUCUCUGGUUUGCAAAUUCUUACUACUUCCACUGGUUCACACCUACAAUCAUUAUUGACAACUGGAUUCCUCUCCUGUGGUGUGCAAACAUACUGGGAUAUGUAGUUUCCACGUUUGCAAUGAUUAAAGCCCACGUUUUCCCCACUAAUGCUAAAGAUUGUAAAUUCACUGGCAACUAUUUUUACGACUAUAUGAUGGGAAUUGAAUUCAACCCUCGCAUAGGCAAGUGGUUUGACUUCAAGCUGUUCUUCAAUGGCCGUCCUGGUAUUGUAGCCUGGACCCUAAUUAACCUCUCCUUCGCUGCCAAGCAACAGGAACUAUAUGGCCAAGUGACCAACUCCAUGAUCCUUGUCAAUGUCUUGCAGGGAAUUUAUGUUUUGGACUUCUUCUGGAAUGAAGCCUGGUAUUUGAAGACUAUUGACAUCUGCCAUGAUCAUUUUGGAUGGUACCUGGGUUGGGGAGACUGUGUCUGGCUGCCUUACCUCUAUACUUUGCAGGGUUUGUAUCUAGUAUACCACCCUGUACAGCUGUCAACAGCUAAUGCAGUAGGAAUCCUGCUGUUGGGCCUUGUUGGUUACUAUAUCUUUAGGAUGACCAACCACCAAAAAGAUCUCUUCCGUCGGACAGAUGGCAACUGCAAAAUCUGGGGUAAGAAGCCAGAAUAUAUUGAAUGUUCAUACACAUCAACAAAUGGGAGCAGGUACUACAGUAAGCUGCUGACUUCAGGAUUUUGGGGAGUGACACGCCAUUUUAAUUACACUGGUGACUUGAUGGGCUCCCUAGCAUACUGCCUGACAUGUGGCUUUGAACACGUUCUGCCUUACUUUUACAUAAUUUACAUGACCAUUCUGCUGGUCCAUCGCUGCAUUAGGGAUGAACACCGUUGUUCCAGCAAAUAUGGGAAGGACUGGAAGCGCUACACUACUGCAGUGCCUUACCGGCUAAUACCAGGAAUAUUUUAAGAAGAACACAGAAUUCCACAGCUCAAAAUGUCUCUUUGGGAAUGGGAAAAUAUAAGAUACAGGUUCUGCUUGAUGCCAGCAAAAACUACAUUCCAUAGAAAAUUUGGGAUGCUUUUUGGGGAGGAAAUAACAUUUAUUUUUUCUCUAAUAGAAGAUGUUACCAGUAGCAGUUUUGAGCACUGUAUUGCAUAAAUGGUCUGAUAGCUAAUAUUUCUUCUGUAAAGGUCUGACUUGUUACCUUUUUUCUCCAAUAAUUUGUAAAUAAAUAUUGAGGGACCUUUCUUUUAUAAUUUUUCUAGCACUAGAAGAGUUCUAAGUAGAAUAGGAGUGAGGCUCCAGAAUCUACUUCCAAUAUUCUCUUGCUUUUGCUACUCUUAAUUACCUUUUUUAAGAUGGAACUUGAUUAUACUAUUAAAGAAAUCUAUAUAAUGUGACAACAGGUGACUGGAGUCUGUGACCUUCAAGGCUACUUCCAGUCUUGAGUUCCAUGCUACUGUGGAUCAGCAGUGCUCAGCCUCCCGCCUGCAGGCCAGAUUCAGCCCCCACAAUCAAGUAGUUUGACCUGCCCGGCUCCCCAUAGGUUCCUGGUGAGCCCUGCAGGCCAUGGCCAUGAGCGCUAGAUCAGGCACACAGGGAUGACAUAGGGUCCCAAUUUGGGCACGACGGGACUGGAUUGGCCGUGCACCACUCGUCUGGCCCACAGAACCAAAAGGUUGAGUGCCACUGCUUUAGAUGAUGGCUCUUUGGGUAAUACUGAAACAGAUCUGUGACCCCCACCUGGCUGCCUUAAUCCUGCCCCACUCCAGUGUCUCACCUGCCAUGCCUGAUGUCAGGGUUAUAAUACAUUGGGACGCUACCCCCCAUGGAGGCCUGGCGUGCUUCUACUGGGGCUGCCUUUAGCUAGAACCUCUAUCUCUCUUUCUGGGGCUCCAAACUUUCUGUACACAGCCCUUCUGUGGGGUGCCAACUGCUCCAGACUCUGGUUCUCAGGCGCACUGGGCCUGACUCAUCAUAAUCCAUGGCUCUGCAGAUCCUGAUUGCCUUAAAGGCAACUAUCAUGACCUCCAGCUGCCCUUAUAGCCAUGCUUGCAGAUUUCACUCUGUCAUUUGCCAGACCCUUGAGCCCUACACUGGUUUCAGCCCUUGGGUCCCUGACCUGCACUGGGCUGUCUCUAGCCUACAAUUACUUAGGCAUAACUCACACAACCUAUCAGGUCCCAGACUCACACAAAGCUCUAUCUUGGCCUCAGCCCUUCUCUCCAUUUCAGCUCUGGGGAUCUCUGACCCAUGCCAAGCUGUUGCCUUCAGCCUGUAGCUUUUCAGCUUUGGCCCACAUAACUUACUGCAUCCUAGACCCAGGUAAGGCUCUAUCUUGACCUCAGCCUAUCUCUCUCUCUCUGCUUCUACCCACUUUGAUCCCUCACCCCCUAUGGGGCUCUAACCUCAAGAGUGCCCCUUCUAGCCUCCAUACCUCCCCAAUAGCCACAACUCUGGUCCUCCAUUCUCACUCCAGCUGAAGCCUGAAGUUUGUUUGUUCUCCCCUAGGUUCUCCUCAUUGGUACCUACAGCUCAAGGUUCCUUCCCCACUUCUGUCUGUGGGCUGUCUCUGACCUGGGAAUUGCCUCUGGCUGAGGUUUCUCCCCCAUUCUGUCCACUCCCACCUAAGUUUCUAGGCACCAGGCCCACACCCUCAGUUCCUUCCUGGGCUAGACACAAGACACGCUGUAGCAGAUUCCUAGGAACUCCUAUCUGCAGGGUCAGGGCCACACUGACUCCCUGGCUCUGCAAGCAGACUUAUAUAGCCACUGACUCCUCCUCUUUCCAGUCACCUGACCCUGCUUCUCUUCCAACAAGGCUCUGGGGCCCCUCACUAUGAUUUCCUACUCUGCAGCUGGUGUGCCCCUGCAGUUCUGCCUCAUAGUACUAGGUGCAAGGUCCACCAAGGCACGCGCCACUUCAAGGCCCAAUGACUCGAUACUGAGGCAGAACAGCGGCGGCAGAGGAAGGAGAAGAAGACCAACCCACAGCUGCAAAUCCCACUCCUCCAUGCAACAACAUGUUCCCAUUGCCGAAGAAUGUGUGUGUCCAGAAUUGGACUCCUUAGUCACCUGAGGACCCAUCAAGCCUGACGACUCUGAGGGACUGCUGCUGCCAACUAAGUGCAAGCGUUUCCCAUUAUUCCCUUCACUGGCUUGAUUGAGCAGUCUUUCCUGCAGCCUGCACUUUGCCCUCUCCUGCACCUAUUAUCCAAUCAGCUCCCUGUCCCACUCUCAGAAACAGGGACUAUCCCUGUCCCCCACCUCCAGUUACAAGAUCCUCGAUAGAAGUAUUGGGCAAGAUCCUCGUGUGUUAUACCAGAGGAAGAGCUAGACCAAACUGAUCUAACUCCAUUUGAUGACACCAGUUGAGAACCUGUCCUCACCUGUCCUGGAUCAUCCACUGACUUCUAGUUUGACUUAAUCCUAAACUUUCUUUGCAGAGUAACUGAAGAGAAGCUUCGUAAUAGGGAAACAUUUUUUCAGUGCAGAUAGGGGACUUUGUACCUCUCUCACUUGUGCCCAAAGUGGUAACUACAAAGGCUAGGACAAUAAUAGAGGUUGAAUCCUGGAUUUCAAGAUGGAAACAAAGUUUUGGCUGAUCUGACUUUUCUUUUUCCACCUCUUAAUCGUUCAGAUUAGCUCACUAUCAAGUAUCUGGCCAGAGCUUUACAAAAAGUGUACAGUCGAAAAUAACAAUGCUAGAUGAAGUGUAGAAGGAUAAAGAUAAUAUAUAAACAAAUAAUCAGAGCAAUAAGCCCUUCCUGUUAAUUGCAAGCUUGACAGUUACAUAUUACAUACAAAUGCCCAAUAUUCUCCACUUAAAUAAGCAAUUAACUUGUACCAUGAAAUUUGGACUGGAAGACAAACAGGCCUUGUUCUAUUGUCAGACAAAAGAAAACAAAGACAUGUAUCUAUAUGCCUUUCUUACAGAUGCUUCUCAUACUAACUCGAAUAUCAAUAGGUUCCAUGUAACUAUUAGUUAUUUGCUUCAAGGUGAGAGACGGUAUUAUUGAUCUUCCUGUUGACACUGCGGCAUUGGUGUUCAUUCAGCUCAGCCAUAGAGAGCUGACUAGUAUGUAGUAGGAUGCAGGCUCCUCCUGUUACAAAUGCUGUAAGGUUUUUCUCCCCUUGCAUUAACUGCUGUGCUGUACAGGGAAAGUGUUCAGUGGAUUAUGGACAAAAAUGAAAAGCAGAGGAAGACAUAAGCAUAUAAGUACGGCAGCUCUAAGGACUGUGGGGCAGUGCUCUGUGGGGCGAUGAAGGGUGUAAUGUGAAGAGCUAUGUAGCCAUGACCCUGGAGAUCCAAACAGAGAGACACAAUCUUGAGUAAGUAGAUUUGACAGCUGUAGAUUUCUGUAAAAAAAAAAAAUAUAGGUUUUUGUUUGGCUGUUUCAUUUUUGGUUGUUUUUUACUGUACCUCUAACAAUGUUCUUCUGGAAUUAAAAGUGCUUUUCAAGUCUAGUAAAAUCAACAAGUUCAGGCUAAAAGCCAUUACAUUAUUGCCAAAAAUAUACAUAUAUAUUGUCACAAUUAGCCCCUUUGAUUGGUAAAACUGCUUUGUAUCAAUAUGAAUAAGAAAAGUCUCUUAUUAAUACUUACAUUCAGGCCUUUUAAAUGCACAUGUUUCAUUACAGUAACAUAUAUUGUAGAUAAAUGGAUGGUAUUAAGUUAAUUGUAUAUAUGCCUUGUUGCACUUGGCUUGCGCUCACAUGAUUCCAUUUUUGAGUCCAUGUAGUGCUGUAUUACAUUGAUCUAAGAGUAUUACCACAUGGGUAGGCAUUGGUAACCAGGAGCUUUUCACUAUUUGAAGACUCCAAGCAUCCUGGGCAAAUUUGAUGGAUUGUGGAAUACCACUUGGUGUCUAAAAGAAUUAUGGAUGAAACCACUGUACACGCAUCCUACAUGACUUAACUUAUUCCUGUCUAUUGUUACAACUGGAAGAGGGCUCUGCUUUUCAUAUAGUGCAGAAUAUGAUGAGGUUCUUGCCCUUGUGUAGGACUUCUCCAAUAUAGAAGCACAAAUGAUUAAUUAAAGAGCAUGUAGCAAGCGGCAGUUUCUAGGAACAUUAAUCUGUCUUGUCAACAGUCCCUCUAUUUCAAUCUAGAGGAAGAAACACCUGUAUAGAGAAAUAUUUUGGCUUCCACUGAUAAAAGAAGGAUUAUCAGCAAAGUAAAGACCAUGCUUACUUUGGGUUCUUAAUUGUACAGUGUUUUGGUACUUGCAAAUUAAGUUAACCAUUAAAAAACACUGUUUUUGUAUUUUAGUAUUGUUCUUAUCUUACUAAAAGUUCCUUUUCUUAAAAAAAUUAGAAGUGACUGACUGGCUCGUUAGAGCUUGAAAACCAGUGCAACUGGACUGAAGCAUGGCAGUGGAUGCUCAGGAUUCUUACUUGAAUUGUUUUCUUUAUUUUCCUGCUAGGAUUUUUGUUUGCUUUUAAAUUUCUUCUGCAGCCUUGGCUGUUUUCUGCAAAAGAACUUUUAAGCUUGCAUUGUGUUUUCAAAUGUGUACUAGCUCUGCCUCUUGUGUAUAAAUGCCCUAUGACUUAUAUUGUUUAAUGUCGCAAUGAUUUGACUGCAUUCAUACACCACUCAAGCUUGAACAUCAGCAAUGAAAGCUUAUUUUAUUAUAUCCAUUAUUAUACCAA